AUGAGUCAUAUCUUGCACGCAGUCUCCACUGGUUCGCAGGCGUCCCUGGUGCCCAUUAAGCGUGCACUUCUCUCUGUAUCCGAUAAAACAGGUGUCGUAGAACUAGCGACGUAUCUAUCACAACAUGGAGUCGAGCUAUUGUCCACAGGCGGCACAGCCAAAGCGUUACGUGAUGCCAAGCUCCACGUUGUUGAUGUCUCAACAUACACAGGCUCGCCUGAGAUCAUGGACGGUCGUGUCAAGACUUUACAUCCCAAGAUUCACGGCGGUCUAUUGGGAGUGCGUGGCAAUGCGCAACACGAGGCAGACAUGGCUGCUAAUGACAUUCAAAAUAUCGAUCUAGUAGUGCUUAACUUGUACGCAUUUGAAGCUGCUGUAGCUAAUGGCGGUGACUUCGACACAUGUAUUGAAAACAUCGACAUUGGUGGACCAUCCAUGCUGCGCUCAUCGGCAAAGAAUCACAAAGCUGUAGUCAUUUGCUCAAGCCCGUCGCAGUACUCAUCGCUUGUUCAAGAGCUCGAAACCAAUAAAGAAUCCUUCAGCACUACGAUUGAAUUUCGACGUCGCUGCGCUGCUGCAGCCUUUUCCCUCGCGGCGUCGUACGACUCGUCCAUCUCGUCGUGGCUUAACGGUGAGCUCGGCACGUCAACUUCAACUGUCACGCGAGUAUAUAAAACUGAAUUUCCACUCAAGUAUGGUUGCAAUCCACAUCAAAACCCGGCUGCGAUUCUCAGUCGUGUAGGUACCACGCUACCGUUUAAGGUGCUGAAUGGAAUUCCAGGGUAUAUCAAUUUGCUAGAUGCUGCCAACGCUUAUCAGCUCGUACGUGAACUUCGUUUGUCCUUGGGUCUUCCUGCUGCGGCUUCAUUUAAGCACGUUAGCCCUGCUGGUGCAGCUGUAGCUGUUGAUCUCGAGGAAGGUCUACACGCCGCGUACGAAGUCGGCGACGUGACGCUUACCCCGCUUUCGCUUGCCUACUUGCGUGCUCGUAAUGCUGACCCCUUGUCGUCGUUUGGAGACUUUGUCGCUGUUAGUGACAUAGUCGAUGAGGCCACCGCCAAGAUCUUGAAGCGAGAGGUUAGUGACGGAAUCAUCGCCCCGGGUUAUGAGCCGGCAGCGUACGAGAUCCUUAAAGCGAAGAAAGGUGGUAAAUUUAUUGUGUUAGAAGCUGAUCCAACGUUCGCGCUCCCGGAUAUUGAGUACCGUGAGGUUGCAGGUAUUACGUUUGCUCAGAAGCGCAACGACGUGAUUUUCUCACCCGAAACACAUCUCGCAGAUGUGCAGACGACUGGAGCGGGUCCUUUGACUGAAGCUAAAAAGCGUGACCUCACGCUUGCUGCUAUUACACUCAAGUACACGCAGUCCAACUCAGUUGGUUAUGCCAAAGACGGACAAAUGAUCGGAGUGGGCGCUGGCCAGCAAUCACGUGUAGACUGCGUCAAGCUUGCAGGUCGUAAAGUUGCAAUCUGGCACCUGCGUCAACACCCAAAAGUCCAAGGUCUUAAAUUCAAGAGCAACGUCAAGCGCCAGGAGCGUGUAAAUGCCCGUGUGCGCUACAUUGAGGGUGACAUGGCGCCUGCAGAGCUCGAAACAUUUAAUGCACUUUUCGAGACUGUCCCAAAGCCACUAGUGGCAGCAGAAAAAGACGAGUUCCUCAAAAAUUUGACGGACGUAAGCCUGGCGUCUGAUGCGUUCUUCCCUUUCCGUGACUCAAUUGAUCACGCUACAAAACUUGGUGUUAAGUUUAUAACUCAACCUGGUGGUAGCACUCGUGAUGCUGAUGUCAAGGCUGCUUGUGACGAGUUCGGUAUCACCAUGGCUUUUUCUAAUCUUCGUCUUUUCCAUCACUAA